ACCAAUGGGAAGUGAGGGCGUGACCCUAAGCUUUUCUUUCAUUGGCUCAGGGUCCCCAGGCUUCCAGGUUUUGGCGCGCUGGGGCAGAAACCGCGCAGGCGUCAGAACGCGCUCUCAGCCUCGGGUCCUGCUGCUGAGGUUUCCGCCAUCAUGGUGCGGAAGCUUAAGUUCCACGAGCAGAAGCUGCUGAAGCAGGUGGACUUCCUGAACUGGGAGGUCACCGAUCACAACCUACACGAGCUGCGCGUGCUGCGGCGUUACCGGCUGCAGCGGCGGGAGGACUACACGCGCUACAACCAGCUCAGCCGUGCCGUGCGUGAGCUGGCGCGGCGCCUGCGCGACCUGCCCGAACGCGACCCGUUCCGCGUGCGCGCUUCCGCCGCGCUGCUGGACAAGCUGUAUGCUCUCGGCCUGGUGCCCACGCGCGGUUCGCUGGAGCUUUGCGACUUCGUCACGGCCUCCUCCUUCUGCCGCCGCCGCCUUCCCACCGUGCUCCUCAAGCUGCGCAUGGCACAGCACCUUCAGGCUGCUGUGGCUUUUGUGGAGCAAGGCCACAUACGCGUGGGCCCUGACGUGGUUACCGACCCCGCCUUCCUUGUCACGCGCAGCAUGGAGGACUUUGUCACUUGGGUCGACUCGUCCAAGAUCAAGCGGCACGUGCUGGAGUACAACGAGGAGCGCGAUGACUUCGAUCUGGAAGCCUAGAGGCUCUCCCACUCUCCACGGCUGUCUUUUACAGAUGGGAAAACUGAGACCUGAUGCUGGGAUUCUCUGAGGGUGCUCUCCCCACGGGUGUCAGACGGUUGUAGGUUCUUAAGAACUUGAUACAUCAAGGGCAGGCUGUGCACAGAGCCACUGGAGGUGCGUCCUUGUUUUCCAGGAAAUGUUAUUAGAACUUGGACUACUGAUUUUUGUGCCUUGGGAAACAGUGGGAAGUAACUUGGUGCUGCUCUGGGGUAUUGUUGGCUUCUUGCGUUGGAAACUUUGUAAUGUAAAAGCAAAAACUGCAAAUCCCCACGCUCUGUUUCCCUUUAUCGACUUGUAACUGGACUGGUUCCAUUCAUUUAACUCGAAUUCUUGCCCCUGGCCAUGGGUUUAAGCUGUGUAGAGAUGAUGGGGAGUUUGGUGGGCUCAAGUUUUUAUAAACUCAGUGAGACUAGUGUGUUCAGGAUCUCCUCCCUUGUUUAAAGGAAUGCUUUCCUAAUGCCAAUAAAUUACUCAGCUGCUUUGUAAGUGCAA